AUAUCAAUGUUCCUAUGACAACAAGGAUAUCAAUUACGUCAGCACUGCAAUGGACUUUAGAUCCUACAGGUAAUCCAGAGGGAGUGACACUUUCCUUGAACAGCUUAAACGGGUGUACAGCCAUGGCAAAAUUCUUAUCACAAACUCAGAUUGAUGAGUUCAAAGAAUGUUUCUCCCUUUAUGAUAAGAAGCGAAAGGGAAAGAUUGAUGCCAAAGACCUUAUCACGGUCAUGCGCUGCCUGGGUACAAGUCCCACUUACAGUGAAGUGGACAGACAUCUGCAAGUCCACAAAAUAGAAAAGACAGGGGCGCUGGACUUUUCCAUGUUUCUAACCAUGAUGCACAGACAGAUACAGCAGGAGGAUCCUAAGACUGAAAUUCUGGAGGCUAUGCGUAUGACGGACAAACACAAGAAGGGCUACAUUCUGGAUUCUGAGCUGCGGGCCAAACUCACUGGCCUGGGAGAAAAGCUCACUGAUAAAGAGGUGGAUGAGCUUUUUAAGGAGGCUAAUGUAGGACCUGAUGGACGUAUUCACUAUGAGGAGUUCACCAGAAUGGUCACAAUUCCUGCAGUGGACUACUAAUACAUGAGUAUCUGUUGAAGAGUGGGAUGGAAACUUAUCCUGGGUAAUGCAACUAUUUACUGACAAGAAUGGGAUUUUUUUUUGUUUUGUUCUUUGUAUACG